AUGGCCGACGACAAGGAAAAGGCGAAGGCAUACAAGAAGCAAUACUACCAAGCUAACCGAGAGAAGGAAUUGCAACGAAAUAAGCAAUGGCGCGAAGCUAACAAGGACAAGAGCAAGCAAUACUACCAAGCUAACCGAGAGAACGUGAAGGCACAGCAAAAGCAAUACUACCAAGCUAACCGAGAGAAGAUGAAGGCACAGCAAAAGAAAUACUACCAAGCUAACCGAGAGAAGCAAUUGCAACGAAUGAAGCAAUGGCGCGAAGCCAACUGGGAGAAGGAGAAGGCACAAGACAGGAAACGGCGUGCGCAGAAAAGGGAGUAUGAGCGCUUGGCCCAGCAGGGGUUUACGCACACUCAGAAAGCUCCGCUUGAACAGAGUUUGAAUCCUGCCACAAACAAGGACAAGGCGGUCUCAAGCAGAGACGACGAAACGACCGCGAGGGCAUCCCGCGCAGCGUCGCGCCACCGCAAGCUCCAGGCAGAUCCGUCACAUGACCAAAACACGAAGGUGGACGCGUCACCACCUCCUCCGCAAGGACCUGAUACGGACGUGACCCCUUGCACCGUUGUGUAUCUCGACCCCGUCGUGUUUUCACUCAAAGUCUACAAAAAGUCAUUUGGCCAACAACCCACCCGCGUCGAAUUCAGCUUGAUCCCCCAAGAAUACAGUUUUCUCGGUGCGGAACAAGGGUGUCGCUCGUGCCCAAGCCAACCAUCUAUCGUGUCGUCGGGCAAGUACCCUCCAACGGCGAUGCAUGAAGGCCAUCAAGGACCACGUAUUUGUGCUUUGUGUCACGAGCUCAUGUUCCUCCGUCAUUGCGGUCAUCUGUGGAAAAAUCAAGGUUCGGCAACGACGUCGUGCGCGCCCCCUCUUGCCGUACCUCGCGUCGUUGAAGAAUACGUCGUGUAG